AAAUAAUCUGAUGUAUUUAUGGUCAAUUAGAUUCCAUUUUAACUGUUUUUAGUUUUACUUCUAAUUGUAUAAGGAGUUCAAAUAGAUAUUCCAAUAUUGAUUUUAUAUAUUUAUUAUUCUUUCAUGAUAUUCGUUUAUUAUUUUUAUGAAUUUAUCUAUUUUAUUGAAAAAAUUCAUUAGUAAUCCUAAUAAUACUAUGUUUAGAAGGUUUUUUUAUUUUUUAUAUUGGGUUAACAUAUGGCCUGAAAUUUUUGAUCUAUAACAUCAUGGACAAUCUUUUCGAUCUAUAACAUCAUGGCCUGAACUAUACACCAAAGUAGAGAAAUUGGCCAAACCCGAAUAUUGACAGUCAUCUUGGACGGUCAAAUGCGUUGACUAACGGUCAACGCGCCAGGUUAGCACGUUUCACUUAAAAAAAUUAUAUUUUCCACCUAUUAAGUGAAAGGUGUUGACGUGGCGCGUUGACCGUUAGUCAACGCGUUUGACCAUCCAAGAUAACGGUCAAUUUUCGGGUUUGACCAAUUUCGUUACUUUGGUGUAUAGUUCAGGCCAUGAUGUUAUAGAUCGAAAAAAUUGGUCAGGAUGUUUAUUAUGUGAAAAGCUCAGGUCAUACAAAUAUAUUAACCCUUUUAUAUUAGAUAAUACUUGUUGAAAUAUAGUUUUGGAUGUUUUAAAAAAAUUUGGGUACUAAAAGAUAAUUAAAAUUUUUGACUGGAUAAAAAACUAGACGUAUGCACGUUUUGGUGAGUUUAAUGUAACCAACGCACUAUUCAAUUCAAAAUUAAAUGGUAUGUAUGACCUAACUCUCGAAUUUAAGUGGUGCUCGAUAUAUUUUCCUCAUGAGAAAACAUAAAUACACGAGCCCAGUGGGAAAUCCACCGUCGGCGGUGGUCCUCGCGACUUUUACCACAACCUCCCCUCGAUGUCCAUUCAUAUAGCUGCAGGGAGAAGUCAAAGCCAGAACCGGGAAACCGGCCAGUCCCCGACCCGACACCAUAUCUGACCACCAUUCUCCUCCUUCCCUUUUCUCGUCAAAAUAAAAUAAAAGAAAUGACUGCCACUCUGCCAUACAAAACCAACUUUCCUUUCCUUUUCUCUCGGUAUUUAAUUUCAAAAAGGCUCUGGGCUCUGGCUUUUAUCGAUACUGCCACAUCACAUCCUCCAUUACCUAGCUGUUCCUUCCCUUCUCUCUCUCUCUCUCGUCUCUCCCCGCCACACAGCUCGCUCACUGAUUCAUAAAUCGGCUGAGCGAGCUCCGACCAGCAAAACCUCCGUCUCCCGCUUUCCCCGUCCUAACACUUCCCACACUCAUUUACUCACCAUCGUUGCUGCUCAAAUACAGCCGCCGCCGCUGACCGUCCUCUCGAUCUACCUUUGACUUCCCAAUUCCCCUUCUCCAGUACAACAACUGCCGAAACAAACAUAUUCCCCCCCAAAUCUAACCCACCUUUCCAUAUUGAUACACGGACGUCGCUCUCUUCCCCCACAAUAACCGCCGACGAUGUUCCUUUCCUUUUCCGCCAUCCUCCCUUACCUCUUCUCUUCCCUAAUCCUCCUCGCCCUAAUCGAGCAGAUCUCCUACCUCUUCAAGAAACGCCACCUCCCGGGGCCGACUUUCGUCCUCCCUUUCCUCGGCGGCGCAAUCUCCGUCGUCACCAAUCCCACCAAAUUCUGGGACGCCCAAUCCGCCUUCAGCGCCUCCCUCGGCUACUCCGCCAACUACAUCGUCGGCAACUUCAUUCUCUACAUACGCGACUCCAAUCUCAGCAACCUGAUUUUCUCCAAUGUCCGGCCCGACGCCUUCAAGCUCGUCGGGCACCCGUUCGGCAAGAAGCUCUUCGGUGAGCACAAUCUCAUCUACAUGUUCGGCCAGGACCACAAGGACCUCCGCCGUCGGAUUGCCCCCAAUUUCACCCCGCGCGCCCUCUCCACCUACACCGACCUUCAACAGAUGAUAAUCCUCAAGCACUUGAAGCAGUGGGAGGAGCUCUGCUCUCGGGACCCGACCCGGCCCAUCCCGCUCCGCCUCCUCGCUAGGGAAAUGAAUCUUGAGACCUCUCAGACCGUCUUCGUCGGGCCCUAUUUGAAGCCCCAGGAUCGGGCCAGGUUCAGGGAGGAUUACAAUCUGUUCAACGUCGGCUCGAUGAGCCUCCCUUUUGACCUCCCCGGAUUCGCGUUUAGAAAGGCGAUUCGCGCAGUUGACCGGUUAGUAAACACGCUCGCCGAUUGCGCCAGGCAGUGUAAAAGCAAGAUGGAGGCCGGCGACGAGGAGCCGACUUGUUUGGUGGAUUUCUGGAUGCAGGAGACGCUGAGGGAAAUCGCGGCGGCGAAGGCCGCCGGCGACGCCGAGCCGUCGCACCCCGGCGACGUCGAGAUCGGAGGUCACCUCUUCGACUUCCUAUUCGCGGCGCAAGACGCGUCGACGUCUUCGCUUCUCUGGGCGGUCUCGCUGCUGGAUUCUCAUCCUGACGUCCUGUCGAGAGUCCGGGAGGAGGUGGAGCGCGUGUGGUCGCCGGAAUCUGACGGGCUGAUAACGACGGAGCAGAUCCGGGAGAUGAAGUACACGCAGAUGGUGGCGCGUGAGGUGAUAAGGUACAGGCCGCCCGCGACGAUGGUCCCACACGUGGCGAUGCGGGACUUCCCGCUGACGGAGUCGUACACGGUGCCCAAGGGGACGAUCGUUUUCCCGUCAGUUUACGACAGCUCGUUCCAAGGGUUCACGGAGGCGGAGCGGUUCGACCCGGACCGGUUCUCGGAGGGCCGGGCCGAGGACCAGCUGUACAAGAGGAACUUCCUGGCGUUUGGGGCCGGGGCCCACCAGUGCGUGGGCCAGAGGUAUGCGCUGAACCAUCUGGUGCUUUUUAUCGCCAUGUUCUGCACGCUGCUGGAUUUCAAGAGGCACCGGACCGACGGCUGCGAUGAGAUCGUGUACAACCCCACGAUCUGCCCCAAGGACGGGUGCAUGGUUACGAUGUCGAGGCGGUGCGCACGGUAUCCCGAUCUCGCUUCCAAUUGACGAGAAGGCCCCUCCUUAGGUCAUGAGUGUUGAUUAUGAUUUAUUCUGAAUCACAAUUAUAUGGUUUCGUGAUUCUUGUUAAGUUUCUUCUUUGUUCAUUGGCGAUGUGUUAUGAUUUUUCUCGUCUUCUUUUAUAAUUUUCUAGGGAAAAAAAAAACAAAAGAAAAAUGGUCUCUCUGUUUUACUUUGUGGUAAAGGGGUAUCUCGGGAUUUUGACCGAGAUGGGGAGAAGGAAGAGGAUUCUUUUUCAAAUAUUUGGGGGGAUGGGGACAUUGAUUCGGUGGGCAAUUGGAAUUAUUUUGUACGGAGAACACUCCCAAUAACAUCAGUGUGCUGGA